CUGUCUGCGGUAGCGGUGGGGCCCUGCACGCUGUGAGCCCCUCGGCCGCGCCGCCCCUCCCCGCACCCGCCAUGUCCCGAGGCUCCAGCGCCGGCUUCGACCGCCACAUCACCAUCUUCUCGCCCGAGGGCCGCCUCUACCAAGUCGAAUAUGCUUUUAAGGCCAUAAACCAAGGUGGACUUACAUCUGUAGCUGUUCGUGGGAAAGAUUCUGCAGUAAUUGUAACACAGAAGAAAGUACCUGACAAGUUACUGGAUUCCAACACCGUGACUCAUUUAUUCAGAAUUACUGAAAAUAUUGGCUGUGUGAUGACAGGAAUGACAGCUGACAGCAGAUCCCAGGUGCAGAGAGCCCGCUAUGAGGCUGCUAACUGGAAGUACAAGUAUGGCUAUGACAUCCCUGUGGAUAUGCUGUGUAAAAGGAUUGCAGAUAUUUCUCAGGUCUAUACGCAAAACGCUGAAAUGAGGCCUCUUGGUUGCUGUAUGAUUUUGAUUGGUAUUGAUGAAGAACACGGCCCUCAGGUAUACAAGUGUGAUCCAGCAGGUUACUAUUGUGGAUUCAAGGCCACAGCUGCAGGAGUUAAACAGACAGAGUCAACCAGUUUUCUUGAAAAGAAAGUAAAGAAGAAAUUUGAUUGGACAUACGAACAAACAGUAGAGACAGCAAUAACAUGCCUGUCUACUGUACUAUCCAUUGAUUUCAAACCUUCAGAAAUAGAAGUUGGUGUAGUUACAGUGGAAAAUCCUAAAUUCAGGAUCCUUACAGAAGCAGAGAUUGAUGUGCACCUUGUAGCUUUGGCAGAGAGAGACUAAUUAGCGUUCCCAUUUCCAUUGUCUGUGCUUCUGGCCAGGAUAUUUGGUGAAAAGGAAACACUUAUUAAUGGCUUUAGAUUAUGGGUGGAAAACAAUGUUCGCUAUAUGAUGUAUUUUACUCUGUACAAAUAAAACAGAGGUUUUUGAAAUACUUGGUGUCUCCUUUUAAUGUAAUUUUUUAAACUUUCAGUUCUAUGAAAUUCUCAUCAAAAUGCUUGAUGACUUUGUUUCUGUGAUGAUUGCUUGCCUUUUAGUUGUAUUUUAAGAGAAAAUUUAUACUCCGCGCUGUAUUUUUCAUCUGAGCUAUUUGGCUCCUAAUGUAAAGUUUUAUAUCAGAUUAUGUGGUGUGUGUGUCUUGAGAUAAUUCUUACGUUUACAUGCGUUCUCUUCUUGCCAUGAUGUUGAAAGGCUUACAGCAUUACUGGUUUAACUGUGGGGAAAUUAAGGUGGUGUUAAUAUUUGCUCAGGUUCGUAUGAGGAUAUACGACUAAGUUGAAGGAAAAAACUUGAGCUGCGAUUCCCAGUGCAUUCCUUUAAACUGAUUUAUUUGGGCUGCAGGUAGUGCAUUUAACAGACAUCUGCUAUAGUUAAACAGCUCUGAAGCUAACAUUUGUUUAGGGGAACAGACUCUAUAUGCAGUGUACUUUGGGAUUUUGGCUGUUUGUCACCUACCUGGUUUUGAGGCUUUGGGCAGUGCCAGAAACAAUGUUGGGGCUGGAUGGGGCCAAUAGACAAAGUCCAUCAACAAGAAUGUCUCUGGGAAGCAAUUCCCCUUGCUCUUUCAAAGGUUCUGGGUUAGGAGAAAAGAGAAGACUGCAAAAGCUUGAGUGUGAAGAAAAAUGCAUUUUUGUUUUGCUGCAAUUGAAGAGGUUUCAGCCUCAGCAGCAAAAAGGGAGAUGAUGAAGUUGUGAGGGAGGAGACACUGAGCAGAAAGGGAAGAUUACCAGGCAUUUUUAGCUGUUGGGCAGACAUGAGAGUCAUCUUGGAAGAAUGCCAAGCUAAUACGACUUAGCUCCUUACUUUCAUUCCUCUGCUGUGCUAUUCCUAUAUUGGCUUUAACCCAAAAUUCUCUUUGAUUUUUUUUUUUUGAGACCUUUGGGGAAGGCCUCAUAAGUCAUCAGAAACUGGGAUUGCUUAAUUUUUUUCUUUUUGCUUUACAGUUAAAGCCCCUUGAAUGUGUAUUUUUCAAGUUCAUUGUAGUAAAGGAGAUGCAAUUCUGUGUUUGGUGGUUUUAAUAAAAGAUAAUGCUA